GCGCGCCGCCCGGAAGCCGCAGGGCCCGCUCGCUCCGGGGCGCCCAUGGCCGGGCAGCCACAGCCGCCGCCGGUCUACGUUUACGGCGCCGAAUACGUGGCGCGAUGCGACGCCCUGUGCAAGGUUCCGCGGCGGGCCAGCAUGGUACACGCGCUGGUGGAGGCCUACUCGCUGCUGCAGCACAUGAGGGUCGUCCAGCCGCGCGCCGCGUCCAUGGAGGAGAUGGCGGCCUUCCACACCGACGCCUACUUGCAGCAUCUGCAGCAGGUCAGCGAGGAGGGCAACGAGGACCACCCCGACUCCGCCGAGUUCGGGCUCGGGUACGAUUGCCCGGCCAGCAAGGGCGUCUUCGAGUACGCGGCCGCGGUCGGCGGCGCCACCCUCACGGCGGCGCGUUGCCUGGCCGAGAACAAGUGCAGGGUGGCGAUCAACUGGCCCGGCGGCUGGCACCACGCAAAGAAAGACGAAGCUUCUGGCUUCUGUUACCUGAAUGAUGCGGUCCUGGGAAUCCUGCAGCUGCGCCAGAAAUUCGAUCGCAUCCUCUACGUUGACCUAGACUUACAUCAUGGGGACGGCGUAGAAGACGCUUUCAGCUUCACCUCAAAAGUCAUGACGGUGUCUCUGCACAAGUUUGCACCUGGAUUUUUCCCUGGAACAGGGGAUGUGACAGACAUAGGCCUGGGGAAGGGGCGCUACUACAGCGUCAACGUGCCCCUUCAGGAUGGCAUCCAGAACGAAAGAUACUAUCAGAUCUGUGAGGCGGUGCUGAAGGAAGUGUACGUGGCCUUCUGCCCUGAAGCUGUCGUCUUGCAGUUGGGAGCAGAUACUGUUGCAGGUGAUCCCAUGUGUUCAUUCAACCUGACCCCUGAGGGGAUCGGCAAGUGCCUGAAUUAUGUUCUGCAGUGGCAGCUGCCGACCCUUGUCCUUGGAGGAGGAGGCUAUCACCUUGCUAACACUGCCCGCUGCUGGACAUACCUGACUGGUGUCAUUCUGGGGAAAACGCUGCCUUCUGAAAUUCCAGAUCAUGAGUUCUUCACAGAAUAUGGCCCUGACUAUGUGCUGGAAAUCACUCCAAGCUGCAGGCCGGACCGUAACGAGCCUCAGCGGGUCCGAGAGGUCCUCAACUCCGUGAAAGGUGAGUCCUCUGCAAGGCAAACCCUGGUGCUCCCUUCCUUUUAGGUAGUGAUGGAUGGGCUGGCCAGGUGGGGUCUCCCAGGGGGCUUGCACGAGGUCUGCGUCUUCCCAAUGAGUUAACUGGAGGGGACGUCUUCCUUCAGAUGGGGGGAGUAGAAGCUUCCCCGGCGUUAGGGCUGUUGUGGAGGGUGUCUGGGGGCCUUGGGCACACCCACGUCUCCUUCCGGCUUGGGGACUGAUCCGAGGGUGGGGACCCAAGGGCUCCAGGGGGAGAAGGGCUUUGAGGUGCUCUCUCUUUGCAGGGCACCUGAAACAUGUGAUGUAGCGGCAAAGAGGGUUGCCCUCUCUCCAGAGCCACUGGGCCAGAGAGCACCGAAACAAAAGAGGGAGCAGCUGCUGGAAAGUCUGCAGAGAAACUGCCCUGAAGCUCUGGUGGGGCAUCGGGGGUCCCCCAGGCUGCAAGUCUGUAGUCCUGGUGUUGGUUGUGCGCCUUGGAACAGUGGGGGGACGUUAGGUUUAAAGGAAGUUGUUUCCCCCAGCCUGGGUUCCCAGCCUCUUCUUCCCCUGUGCAGGCAGCUCAUUCUGGAAGGAGUAGAAGGCCUUGCACCCUCUGCCCCUCGGACCGGCAGGGCCACAGCAAGAUGGAACCCUUUUCCUUUUCUCUUUUUUUGCAAUUGUUUGCCUUGAAAUAAAAAACUGGAUGUAUU